AAGAACCACAAACAAAAUGAUUUGGACAGUUCGAUUUUCACUAUCGUUACUCGUAGUGAUCUGGUCUCAGAGCAUAUUCGCUCUCGGUCAGUCACCAUGGCAAAGCGCAAGCAUGGCCGAAAGCUUCAUGACUUACUUUUCUGCUGCUUUAGGACAAUCAGGAGCAUUUACAAAUGAACAGAUGGAUGAUAUAGAUACGAUUGCCUCAUCUAUAAAAAUGGGUGUAGAUAAAAUGGAAAGAAGCGGAAAGACUUCCCAAAACAAACUGCAGGCAAUGAACAUGGCCUUCGCAUCAGCAGUGGCAGACAUAGCCAUAGCAGAAGGAGGAGGACAGAGCGCUCAAAUAAAAACUAAUGCUAUAGCCGACGCUUUAGCAUCUGCAUUCCUUCAGACGACUGGUGAAGUUAACAACCAGUUCAUAAAUGAAAUAAGAGGCUUAAUUUCUAUGUUCGCUCAGGCAAAUAGCAUAUCCUCGUCAUCAGCAUCGGCUAGCGCAUCAGCCGCAGCUGCCGCUAGUGGAUCUGGCGGUGCUGGACAAGGAUUUAGAGCCGGUUUAGGAGGUGCAGGAGGAGCUGGAGCAGCCAGUGCCGCGGCAGCUGCUGGCGGUCAAGGGGGACGAGGCGGAUUUAGUGGAUUAGGUUCUCAAGCAACAGGUGGUGCCGGUCAAGGAGGAUCGGGAGCCGCAGCCGCUGCUGCUGCAGCCGGUGGAGAUGGCGGUUCUGGAUUAGGAGGCUAUGGUGCGGGACGAGGAUAUGGAGCCGGUUUAGGAGGUGCAGGUGGAGCCGGAGCAGCCAGUGCCGCUGCAGCCGCUGGCGGUCAAGGAGGACGAGGCGGAUUUGGCGGAUUAGGUUCUCAAGGAGCAGGUGGUGCCGGUCAAGGAGGAUCGGGAGCCGCAGCCGCUGCUGCUGCAGCCGGUGGAGAUGGCGGUUCUGGAUUAGGAGGCUAUGGUGCGGGACGAGGAUAUGGAGCUGGUUUAGGAGGUGCAGGUGGAGCUGGAGCAGCCAGUGCCGCUGCAGCCGCUGGAGGUCAAGGAGGACGAGGCGGAUUUGGCGGCUUAGGUUCUCAAGGAGCAGGUGGUGCCGGUCAAGGAGGAUCUGGUGCCGCAGCUGCUGCAGCUGCAGCCGGUGGAAAUGGCGGUGCUGGAUUAGGAGGCUUAGGUGCAGGACAAGGAUACGGUGAAGGUUUAGGAGGUGCAGGAGGAGCUGGAGCAGCCAGUGCCGCUGCAGCCGCUGGCGGUCAAGGAGGACGAGGCAGAUUUGGCGGAUUAGGUUCUCAAGGAGCAGGUGGUGACGGUCAAGGAGGAGCGAGAGCCGCAGCCGCUGCUGCUGCAGCCGGUAUGGAUGGCGGAUCUGGAUUAGGAGGCUAUGGGGCGGGACGAGGAUAUGGAGCCGGUUUAGGAGGUGCAGGUGGAGCUGGAGCAGCCAGUGCAGCUGCAGCCGCUGGCGGUCAAGGAGGACGAGGCAGAUUUGGCGGAUUAGGUUCUCAAGGAGCAGGUGGUGCCGGUCAAGGAGGAUCGGGAGCCGCAGCCGCUGCUGCGGCAGCUGGUGGAGAUGGCGGAUCUGGAUUAGGAGCCUAUGGGGCGGGACGAGGAUAUGGAGCCGGUUUAGGAGGUGCAGGUGGGGCUGGAGCAGCCAGUGCCGCUGCAGCCGCUGGCGGUCAAGGAGGACGAGGCGGAUUUGGCGGAUUAGGUUCUCAAGGAGCAGGUGGUGCCGGUCAAGAAGGAUCGGGAGCCGCAGCCGCUGCAGCUAGUGGAGAUGGCGGUUCUGGAUUAGGAGGCUAUGGGGCGGGACGAGGAUAUGGAGCCGGUUUAGGAGGUGCAGGUGGAGCUGGAGCAGCCAGUGCUGCUGCAGCCGCUGGCGGUCAAGGAGGACGAGGCGGAUUCGGCGGAUUAGGUUCUCAAGGAGCAGGUGGUGCCGGUCAAGGAGGAUCUAGUGCCGCGGCUGCUGCAGCUGCAGCCGGUGGGGAUGGCGGUUCUGGAUUAGGAGGCUAUGGGGCGGGACGAGGAUAUGGAGCCGGUUUAGGAGGUGCAGGUGGAGCUGGAGCAGCCAGUGCUGCUGCAGCCGCUGGCGGUCAAGGAGGACGAGGCGGAUUCGGCGGAUUAGGUUCUCAAGGAGCAGGUGGUGCCGGUCAAGGAGGAUCUAGUGCCGCGGCUGCUGCAGCUGCAGCCGGUGGGGAUGGCGGUGCAGGACGAGAAGGCUUUGGUGAUGGACUAGGUUUUGGAGUCGGUUUAGGAGGUGCAGGUGGAGCUGGAGCAGCGAGUGCCGCUGCAGCCGCUGGCGGUCAAGGAGGACGAGGAGGAUUUGGCGGAUUAGGUUCUCAAGGAGCAGGUGGUGCCGGUCAAGGAGGAGCAGGAGCCGCAGCUGCUGCAGCUGCAGCCGGUGGAGAUGGCGGUUCUGGAUUAGGAGGCUAUGGUGCGGGACGAGGAUAUGGAGCCGGUUUAGGAGGUGCAGGCGUGGCUGGAGCAGCCAGUGCCGCUGCAGCCGCUGGCGGUCAAGGAGGACGAGGAGGAUUUGGCGGAUUAGGUUCUCAAGGAGCAGAUGGUGCCGGUCAAGGAGGAUCGGGAGCCGCAGCCGCUGCUGCUGCAGCUGGUGGAGAUGGCGGUUCUGGAUUAGGAGGCUAUGGGGCGAGACGAGGAUAUGGAGCCGGUUUAGGAGGUGCAGGUGGAGCUGGAGCUGGAGCAGCCAGUGCUGCUGCAGCCGCUGGCGGUCAAGGAGGACGAGGCGGAUUUGGCGGAUUAGGUUCUCAAAGAGCAGGUGGUGCCGGUCAAGGAGGAUCUAGUGCCGCGGCUGCUGCAGCUGCAGCCGGUGGGGAUGGCGGUGCAGGACGAGGAGGCUUUGGUGAUGGACUAGGUUUUGGAGCCGGUUUAGGAGGUGCAGGUGGAACUGGAGCAGCCAGUGCCGCUGCAGCCGCUGGCGGUCAAGGAGGACGAGGCGGAUUUGGCGGAUUAGGUUCUCAAGGAGCAGGUGGUGCCGGUCAAGGAGGAUCGGGAGCCGCAGCCGCUGCUGCUGCAGCCGGUGGAGAUGGCGGUUCUGGAUUAGGAGGCUAUGGGGCGGGACGAGGAUAUGGAGCCGGUUUAGGAGGGGCAGGUGGAGCUGGAGCAGCCAGUGCCGCUGCAGCCGCUGGCGGUCAAGGAGGACGAGGCGGAUUCGGCGGAUUAGGUUCUCAAGGAGCAGGUGGUGCUGGUCAAGGAGGAUCUAGUGCCGCGGCUGCUGCAGCUGCAGCCGGUGGGGAUGGCGGUGCAGGACGAGGAGGCUUUGGUGAUGGACUAGGUUUUGGAGCCGGUUUAGGAGGUGCAGGUGGAGCUGGAGCAGCCAGUGCCGCUGCAGCCGCUGGCGGUCAAGGAGGACGAGGCGGAUUUGGCGGAUUUGGUUCUCAAGGAGCUGGUGGAUCCGGUCAAGGAGGAUCCGGAGCCGCAGCCGCUGCUGCUGCACCUGGUAGAGAUGGCGGUUCUGGAUUAGGAGGCUAUGGUGCGGGACAAGGAUAUGGAGCCGGUUUAGGAGGUGCAGGUGGAGCUGGAGCAGCCAGUGCCGCUGCUGCCGCUGGCGGUCAAGGAGGACGAGGCGGAUUUGGCGCAUUAGGUCCUCAAGGAGCAGGUGGUGCCGGUCAAGGAGGAUCUAGUGCCGCAGCCGCUGCUGCUGCAGCUGGUGGAGAUGGCGGUUCUGGAUUAGGAGGCUAUGGUGCGGGACGAGGAUAUGGAGCCGGUUUAGGAGGUGCAGGUGGAGCUGGAGCAGCCAGUGCUGCUGCAGCCGCUGGCGGUCUAGGAGGACGAGGCGGAUUUGGUUCUCAAGGAGCAGGUGGUGCCGGUCAAGGAGGAUCGGGAGCCGCAGCCGCUGCUGCUGCAGCCGGUGGAGAUGGCGGUUCUGGAUUAGGAGGCUAUGGGGCGGGACGAGGAUAUGGAGCCGGUUUAGGAGGUGCAGGUGGAGCUGGAGCAGCCAGUGCCGCUGCAUCCGCUGGCGGUCAAGGAGGACGAGGCGGAUUCGGCGGAUCAGGUUCUCAAGGAGCAGGUGGUGCCGGUCAAGGAGGAUCUAGUGCCGCGGCUGCAGCAGCUGCAGCCGGUGGGGAUGGCGGUGCAGGACGAGGAGGCUUUGGUGAUGGACUAGGUUUUGGAGCCGGUUUAGGAGGUGCAGGUGGAGCUGGAGCAGCCAGUGCCGCUGCAGCCGCUGGCGGUCAAGGAGGACGAGGCGGAUUUGGCGGAUUAGGUUCUCAAGGAGCAGGUGGUGACGGUCAAGGAGGAGCGGGAGCCGCAGCCGCUGCUGCUGCAGCCGGUAUGGAUGGCGGAUCUGGAUUAGGAGGCUAUGGGGCGGGACGAGGAUAUGGAGCCGGUUUAGGAGGUGCAGGUGGAGCUGGAGCAGCCAGUGCAGCUGCAGCCGCUGGCGGUCAAGGAGGGCGAGGCAGAUUUGGCGGAUUAGGUUCUCAAGGAGCAGGUGGUGCCGGUCAAGGAGGAUCGGGAGCCGCAGCCGCUGCUGCGGCAGCUGGUGGAGAUGGCGGAUCUGGAUUAGGAGGCUAUGGGGCGGGACGAGGAUAUGGAGCCGGUUUAGGAGGUGCAGGUGGGGCUGGAGCAGCCAGUGCCGCUGCAGCCGCUGGCGGUCAAGGAGGACGAGGCGGAUUUGGCGGAUUAGGUUCUCAAGGAGCAGGUGGUGCCGGUCAAGGAGGAUCGGGAGCCGCAGCCGCUGCUGCUGCAGCUGGUGGAGAUGGCGGUUCUGGAUUAGGAGGCUAUGGGGCGGGACGAGGAUAUGGAGCCGGUUUAGGAGGUGCAGGUGGAGCUGGAGCAGCCAAUGCUGCUGCAGCCGCUGGCGGUCAAGGAGGACGAGGCGGAUUUGGCGGAUUAGGUUCUCAAAGAGCAGGUGGUGCAGGUCAAGGAGGAUCUAGUGCCGCGGCUGCUGCAGCUGCAGCCGGUGGGGAUGGCGGUGCAGGACGAGGAGGCUUUGGUGAUGGACUAGGUUUUGGAGCCGGUUUAGGAGGUGCAGGUGGAACUGGAGCAGCCAGUGUCGCUGCAGCCGCUGGCGGUCAAGGAGGACGAGGCGGAUUUGGCGGAUUAGGUUCUCAAGGAGCAGGUGGUGCCGGUCAAGGAGGAUCGGGAGCCGCAGCCGCUGCUGCUGCAGCCGGUGGAGAUGGCGGUUCUGGAUUAGGAGGCUAUGGUGCGGGACGAGGAUACGGAGCCGGUUUAGGAGGUGCAGGUGGAGCUGGAGCAGCCAGUGCUGCUGCAGCCGCUGGCGGUCAAGGAGGACGAGGCGGAUUUGGCGGAUUAGGUUCUCAAGGAGCAGGUGGUGCUGGUCAAGGAGGAUCGGGAGCCGCAGCCGCUGCUGCUGCAGCUGGUGGAGAUGGCGGUUCUGGAUUAGGAGACUAUGGUGCGGGACGAGGAUAUGGAGCCGGUUUAGGAGGUGCAGGUGGAGCUGGAGCAGCCAGUGCCGCUGCAGCCGCUGGCGGUCAAGGAGGACGAGGCGGAUUUGGCGGAUUAGGUUCUCAAGGAGUAGAUGGUGUUGGUCAAGGAGGAUCGGGAGCCGCAGCCGCUGCUGCUGCAGCUGGUGGAGAUGGCGGUUCUGGAUUAGGAGGCUAUGGUGCGGGACGAGGAUAUGGAGCCGGUUUAGGAGGUGCAGGUGGAGCUGGAGCAGCCAGUGCCGCUGCUGCCGCUGGCGGUCAAGGAGGACGAGGCGGAUUUGCCGGAUUAGGUUCUCAAGGAGCAGGUGGUGCCGGUCAAGGAGGAUCUAGUGCCGCUGCUGCUGCAGCUGGUGGAGAUGGCGGUUCUGGAUUAGGAGGCUAUGGUGCGGGACGAGGAUAUGGAGCCGGUUUAGGAGGUGCAGGUGGAGCUGGAGCAGCCAGUGCUGCUGCAGCCGCUGGCGGUCAAGGAGGACGAGGCGGAUUUGGUUCUCAAGGAGCAGGUGGUGCCGGUCAAGGAGGAUCGGGAGCCGCGGCUGCUGCAGCUGCAGCCGGUGGGGAUGGCGGUGCAGGACGAGGAGGCUUUGGUGAUGGACUAGGUUUUGGAGCCGGUUUAGGAGGUGCAGGUAGAGCUGGAGCAGCCAGUGCCGCUGCAGCCGCUGGCGGUCAAGGGGGACGAGGCGGAUUUGGUUCUCAAGGAGCAGGUGGUGCCGGUCAAGGAGGAUCGGGAGCCGCAGCCGCUGCUGCUGCAGCUGCUGGAGAUGGCGGUUCUGGAUUAGGUGGCUAUGGGGCGGGACGAGGAUAUGGAGCAGGUUUAGGAGGUGCAGGUGGAGCUGGAGCAGCCAGUGCCGCUGCAGCCGCUGGCGGUCAAGGAGGACGAGGUGGAUUUGGUGGAUUAGGUUCUCAAGGAGCAGGUGGUGCCGGUCAAGGAGGAGCAGGAGCAGCAGCUGCUGCAGCUGCAGCAGGUGGAGAUGGUGGUUCUGGAUUAGGAGGCUAUGGGGCGGGACGAGGAUAUGGAGCCGGUUUAGGAGGUGCAGGUGGAGCUGGAGCAGCCAGUGCCGCUGCAGCCGCUGGCGGUCAAGGAGGAGGAGGCGGAUUUGGCGGAUUAAGUUCUCAAGGAACACGUGGUGCCGGUCAAGGAGGAUCGGGAGCCGCAGCCGCUGCUGCUGCAGCUGGUGGAGAUGGCGGUUCUGGCUUAGGAGGCUUUGGGGCGGGACGAGGAUAUGGAGCCGGUUUAGGAGGUGCAGGUGGAGCUGGAGCAGCAAGUGCCGCUGCAGCCGCUGGCGGUCAAGGAGGACGAGGCGGAUUUGGCGGAUUAGGAUCUGAAGGAGCAGGCGGUGCCGGUCAAGGAGGAUCUGCAGUCGCAGCUGCUGCAGCUGCAGCCGGUGGAGAUGGCGGUGCUGGAUUAGGUGGCUUAGGUGCAAGACAUAGAUACGGUGCCGGUUUAGGAGGUGCAGGAGGAGCUGGAGCAGCCAGUGCCGCUGCGGCCGCUUUCGGUCAAGGAGGACGAGGCGGAUAUGGCGGAGUAGGUUCUGAAUUAGAAGGUCAAGGAGCAUAUAGAAGUGGUGCAUAUAGUGGACAACAAAGUGCAGCAGCAUCUGUUGCCGCUGCGUCCGCUGCUGCUUCACGCUUAUCAUCACCUAGUGCUGCUUCCAGAGUCUCUUCCGCUGUUACAUCUUUGAUAUCAGGUGGCGGUCCAACUAAUCCUGCAGCGUUAUCUAAUACUUUCAGCAAUGUUGUUUAUCAAAUUAGUGUAAGUAGUCCUGGUCUCUCUGGCUGUGAUGUUCUUAUACAAGCUUUACUGGAACUCGUUUCGGCUUUGGUACAUAUUCUUGGUUCAGCUAACAUUGGGCAAGUUAAUUCCAGCGCUGCUGGAGAAUCAGCUUCAUUGGUUGGACAAUCCGUAUACCAAGCUUUCUCUUAAAAAAUUAUGUAAGGUCUUUUGAAUUUUUUGAAUCCCAAUCUAUUUUUUGAAAUAUAUUUGUUCUGAAAUAAAAUUAUGCAUUACUGAAA